UGGGAAGAAUGUGCUAAAUCCCAUUUGGAACCAUGGCAGCAUUUCUAAUUACAUGUGUCAUCAUCCAAGCAGUCCUGCUUUGGGUUAUCGAAUGUAGACCUCUUAAAAAUGGCCCCAUGUAUAAAGCUAGGUCCACUGGCGGUGGCUCUUAUAAAGCGCCAGGAGACCCAGAAUCCACACAUGGAGCAUCUCAAGAUGGCUCCUGGGUUAUGUCUCCUAUCACCUUCUCCGGAGGGCAAGGUGGUUCAUCCACCAGUAAUGGCAGCCCAUCUGCGUUACCUCCUCCACCGGAGUCCUUCCCAGGAGAGCUGCUCCAGGUUGAGGCCACGAACGAGAAGGGUGCCUACGAGUCUGAGACCCAGGAAAAAGGCACCCCUCCACUGCCUGCCAGCGCUCCUCAACUAGGAGCCUCCAUGCCCAGUGCCUUUUCCCGGGGGUCUUCCUUUCCUUUCAAUAUGAGGUUCCUCAGAGGCCAGUACCUUACAGGAACCUACACUGACUACACCAGUAGCUUGGAGAAUGGCAGAGAUGACUCGCAGGAGAACCACUACAUCGUUUAUGACUCUCCCAGCAGCAGUGAGGAAGAGCAGCAGCAGCAGCAGGAACAGCAGUGGGAGGAGGAGGAGCAGUGGGAGGGGCAACAGCAGGAGUGGGACAGCGUGCAACCAGUGUGGCAGCAGCAGCAGGGCCAGAGCGUCCAGAUGGCCAGUCUGGGAAUGCCAUCAGGAUAUGGACAACAAGCCCAGAGCUUUCCCACUAGGUAUUACCAGUAGCCAACCGCUAGGCAGCAAGUAUGGGGGGGAGGAGGAGGGGGGAGGAGGAGAAGCCCUCGGUGAGUGCUGUAUAUGGAGGGUACAAGGGAUGGAAGUGAACCCUUGAUCAUUAACAUGUUGUCGGUUUGGUCAAUAAAACUACAAAUGUAACUUCCA